UAAUCAAUUCCAUAUUUUUCUUAAGGGGUUUUUAGGGUUUCUCGUCACUCACUCACCGAUACUCUCUCUCUCUCUUGAAAACAUGACUGCCGAACAGAAAGAGGAGCUCGCCGCCAAAUUGGAAGAGCAGAAGAUCGAUCUUGAUAAGCCUGAAGUUGAGGAUGAUGAUGACAAUGAUGAGGAUGAUUCCGAUGACGAUGACGAGGCCGAGGAACUUGAUGGAGAGGCGGGUGCCCGGUCAAAGCAAAGCAGAAGCGAGAAAAAGAGUCGUAAAGCGAUGCUGAAGCUUGGGAUGAAACCCAUCACUGGUGUUAGCCGUGUCACCGUCAAAAAGAGCAAGAAUAUCAUGUUUGUGAUAUCAAAACCUGAUGUGUUCAAGAGUCCAGCAUCGGAUACAUAUGUGAUCUUUGGUGAGGCGAAGAUAGAGGACUUAAGCUCGCAGCUUCAGAGUCAGGCCGCUGAGCAGUUCAAGACUCCCAACCUCAGCAACGUGGUUUCACAAGGAGAAACAUCUGGUGCAGCACCAGUUGCUGCUCAGGACGAUGAUGAAGAGGUGGACGAGGAGGGUGUGGAGCCAAAGGACAUCGAGCUUGUGAUGACCCAAGCAGGAGUGUCUAAGCCAAUGGCAGUAAAAGCUCUCAAGGCCGCUGAUGGAGAUAUUGUCACUGCCAUCAUGGAGCUUACCACCUAAAUCAGAAACCUUUUCUACUGUGAUGUGGUUUUCGUGUUUUUUUUCCCUUUCUUUCAAAGUGAUUUAGCAUGUUGUAUCAUUAUACACCAGAAGUUUGGACUCAUUUUCAUAUUUUAGUGUUUGAGUGGAUUUUAAAGAGUGAGUGGAUUUUUGAGUUA